CAAAUAGUGACCAUUUGUAUAAUUUUUGCUUCAUUGUCCUCUCCUUUUCUCCACUUUUCUAUAGAAAUGAUUGUUUACCUUCUUUAUAUUGAUUGAAAUAUAUUAUGGAAAGAUCUAAGCAUAUACAAAAGGAGAGAACAAAGUAUAAUUACCCCAGGAGCCCAUCUUUCCACUUUACCAGUUAUCAGCUUUUGGCCAACCUUGUUUCCUCUUUACCCUAACCCACUCCUGCCACUCAUUCCACUACUUCAUUUGAGGAUCACAGGCAUCAUAGCAUAUCAUCCAUGCAUAUUUCCAUGCAUAUCUCUAAAAGAUAACUAACCACAAUAGUAUUGUCGUAUCUGAAUAACAACUACAUUAAUUCCCUAGUUUCAUCAAAUAUCCACUCAAUUUUCCAAUUUCCCUGAUUGUGUCAUCAAUAUUUUUUAAAGUGCAUUUGUUUGAAUCAAGAUCUAAAUACUGGCCAUUUUUGAGAUUGAUUUAUAUUUCUCUGUAAUCCCUUUUAGUCUGCAAGGCUCUUCUUUUUUCCCUUUUCCCCCCAAAUCUGUUAAAGGACGUGAGUUGGUUUUCCAAUAAAGUUCCCAGUCUGGAUGUUGAUAAUUGCAUCCCCAUGUGUCCUGUGUCCCUGUAUUUCCUCUGAAUUAGUAUUUAGGUUGAGAGGAUUAAAAGAUAUUAGUCUGAUUUUUUUGGCAAGAAUCCUAUAUGUUUACCUCAUUUGGCUCAUAGUGUCCAGUUAUCUUUAUUGUGAUGUUAGUACCAUUAGUAAUAAUUGCCUAGAUCUACCAGUUCACUAAGGGAUUAAAAAUAAGUGCCUAUAUUGGUUAUAAACAGGUUAAUAUUUUACUGGGAGGCUUCAGAAUAAUAAGUGUGUAUAGAAUAACUGCAUUUUUUAAACUGAGAUGUCUUAAUUUUCUUCUAUUCUUUGUGGGAUUUUUUAUAAGACUCUCUAGAACUUUCUAGUUAAUUAGCCAUCUGCAGUUACAGUGAUUUUUGACUCCUUGUUUCCAGUUUUUUUUAUACCCCUCCUUUUUUUUUUUCUUUCACUAUUACAUCAUGAGCUUUGACCCAAUCUUGAAUACUACAGGCAGUGAAAGUUCACCCCUCCCCUUGGCCUGAGUUGUAUUAAGGGGAAAUCUGUGGCAUGAUUUCACAAUUUAGAAGAAGUAGACUGUGAAAUGGCCUGACUCAUCUCUCAUUCAGUAUCCAUCCACCUCAGGACAAGGAGCAGGGGCACCACUGUGGCUGGAGACCUGAGCGCCCCUCAGUCCCAGACCAAAGUUUUUGGAUCCUUCCUCAGGCCUCUCACUCCUUCGGGAUUCUGAAAUGUUUGGUUUUGUCUCCACAGGGCAAGCCAAAUCCUCACAGAAAAUUGAAGACUUGCUGGAAAUGGUGAAGAAGUUGCAGAAAGCGGGAAGCCUAGAGCCCAGGGUUGAAGUCCUGAUUAAUCGGAUUAAUGAGGUUCAGCAAGCAAAAAAGAAAGCCAGUGAGGAGUUGGGAGAGGCCCGGACUGUUUGGGAGGCCCUGCAGAGGGAAAUGGACUCAUUGAGUGGAGAGAAAGUACGCCUGAAAGAGAUCUUGAACAAAAAGCAAGAGACCCUAAGGACCCUCAGGCUCCACUGCCAGGAGAAGGAAAGUGAGGCACAGAGGAAGCAGACCAUGCUGCAGGAGUGCAAGGAGCGAAUUUCUGCCCUGAACUCCCAGAUUGAGGAAGAGAAGAACAAACAGAGGCAACUGAGGUUGGAUUUUGAGGAACAGCUGGAGGACCUGAUGGGCCAGCACAAGGACCUCUGGAAGUUCCAUAGGCCAGAGCAGAUGGCCCGGGAGAUUGGCACCCUGGACAGCAGCAAGGAGCAACUGCUCAAGGAAGAGAAGCUUGUGGAGGUGAAGCUGGAGGAUGUGAAACAUCGCCUGUGUUCCCAAUUUGGGGCUGAUGGCUGCUCGACCAUUGCUGAGGGGCUCUUUCUCCGCAGCCAGGAGGCUGCAGCUGCAGUGCAUCUGUUUGAAGAGGAGAACAGGAAGGCCCAGGAGCUCCUGGAGGCUGCUGCACAUCACCAUGAACAGCUGCAGCAGAAGUGCCAGCAGCUGCAGCAGAAGAGGCAGAGGCUUAAGGAGGAGCUGGAAAAGCUUGGGAUGCAGAUCCCUGCUCGAACCCCAAGCAAACAAGAGGAAGGGGCUGGCCCAGGAGAACCUGCCAGUCCCAAGCCCCUAGGAGUCAUCGAGGAGAAAGACCCAGAGCUGCCCACCAAGCAAGGCCCUUUGCCCUCCUAGGCAAGGAGGACUCCCCCUGCCCUGCAGCAUAUUCCAAGAACUUCAAGAAAUAAAAGCACUAUUUCAGUAUAACCGCCUCAGCUGAGUUUGUGCAGGGGCGGAAGUGUUUGGCCCAAGACCCUUGACCCCCGAGACUUGGUAAAGCCUUGGCCACAUCUCCUCUUGGCCUCAGCCAGAGUCCUGCAGCAGGACUCUGAGACUCACUCAAUAAGUGCUUCCCUAACCUCAUAGUCUCUGCUCUGCUCAUUUCUAGGACUUAACACACAGUUCUGGGUCUCCAGGCAGAAGGGUGCACGUGCUGCAAACCCACACGGUGAUUGUUUCAAUUCCUUAUUCAGGCCUGGACUAUACCGAAUCCCAGAAAUCCCAAAAAUGAGGAGCAAGGUGCUGCGGUUCUCAGCCAGUCAAUCCCUUGCCCACAGUCCCCACCAAUUAGCUGAGAAAGAGGAACAUAAUUGGAGGCCAAGUGUAGUUUGCACUCUUGUGGGCACAAAGUAUAAAACCGAGACAUG